GGACAGACAGUCACCGGAAGCGGAAUCCUGAAACUAUCCAGGCGCUGGAGUCAUGGCGGACUGGAAAGAUGCUCUGCUGUCUGUACUGCCGACUAUCCGCGUCCCGAGGGCUGGAGACCGAGUCCAUAAGGAUGAGUGCGCCUUCUCCUUCCAUACACCGGAGUCGGAAUGCGGUCUGUACGUUUGUAUGAACUCCUUUCUGGGCUUUGGACGACCCUACGUGGAACGUUACUAUAACAAAACCGGCCAGAGAGCCUUUCUCCACCUCAAGAGGACCCCCAAACCGGUACAAAAAUCCGAUGACUCCAGCUCAGGCACCGGCGAUCCUCCUCGCAAGAAGCCCACGCGUCUUGCUAUCGGGGUGGAGGGAGGCUUUGACAUGACUGACGAGCAGUGUGAAUAUGAAGAGGAAGUGAAGCUGGUCAUUCUUCCCGAGUUCUUGGAGGUUCAUAGAGAUGAGCUGUCGGGACUUCCGGACAUGGUCAGAGACCGGGUGUCCUCGGCUAUCGAUGCCAUCUUGUCUGCUGACUCGGCGUCCCGCAAGCAGGAGGUCCAGGCGUGGGAUGGGGAGGUGAGGCAGGUCUCCAAACACGCGUUCAACCUGCCCCAGCUCGAAGGAGUUCCCCGCAUUCCUCCGUGCGGGUGGAAGUGCAGCGUGUGUGACCUUCGUGAAAACCUCUGGCUUAAUUUGACCGAUGGCUCCAUUUUAUGCGGGAGAAGAUACUUCGAUGGUAGUGGAGGGAAUAACCAUGCGGUGCAUCAUUACCGCGAGACUGGCUACCCGCUGGCUGUCAAACUCGGCACAAUAACCCCUGACGGGGCAGAUGUCUACUCCUAUGAUGAGGAUGAUAUGGUGCUGGACCCCAACCUAGCAGAGCAUCUGUCUCACUUCGGAAUUGACAUGAUGAAGAUGCAGAAGACGGACAAAACGAUGACCGAGCUGGAAAUUGAUAUGAAUCAGCGGAUCGGGGAGUGGGAUCUGAUCCAGGAGUCGGGGGUACAGCUCCAGCCGCUGUACGGGCCAGGCUACACCGGGAUACGUAAUCUGGGAAACAGCUGCUACCUCAACUCGACCAUGCAAGUCAUCUUCAACAUCCCCGCCUUCCAGCGCAAGUACGUGGACCGGAUGGAGCAAAUCUUCCAGAAAGCCCCCGGUGACCCUACGCAGGAUUUUAACACCCAGGUAGCUAAGCUGGGACACGGCUUGUCAUCUGGCGAACACUCAAAGCCAGCAGCUGAGAAAGAAACCGACACUGCCGAUCAGAAGGGCAUGCAGGAUGGGAUUGCUCCGCGCAUGUUCAAAGCCCUGGUGGGAAAGGGACACGCAGAGUUUUCCACCAACCGUCAGCAGGAUGCCCAGGAAUUCUUCCUGCACUUCAUAAACAUGGUGGAGAGGAACUGCCGAAGUUCGUCCAACCCCAACGAGGUUUUUCGUUUCCUGGUGGAGGAGAAGAUCAAGUGUCUGGUGUCUCAGAAGGUCAAGUACACUCAGAGGGUCGAGUACAUCCUCCAGCUCCCUGUGCCGAUGGAAGCGGCCCUUAACAAAGAGGAGCUGAGUAUAUACGAGCAGAGCAGACUCCAGGCCGAGCAGGAACACAGACCCCCGCCGGAGCUGGUCCGAGCACGGAUCCCUUUCUCGGCCUGCCUGGAUGCGUUUGCUGCCCCCGAACAACUGGACGAGUUCUGGAGCUCGGCCCUGCAGGCCAAAUCCACUGCGUUAAAGACGUCCAGCUUUGCCUCAUUUCCUGACUAUUUGGUCAUCCAGAUUAAGAAAUUCACUUUUGGCCUUGACUGGGUGCCCAAAAAACUAGAUGUUUCCAUUGAUGUCCCCGAGGAGUUGGACCUGUCCCAGUUCCGGGGCGGGGGGCUGCAGGCAGACGAAGAAGAGCUUCAAGACGUUGCCCCUCCGUUGGUCACCCCAGAUGAGCCCAAAGGUACCCUUGGUUUCUAUGGCAACGACGAUGACGACUCCUACUGCUCCCCUAACUUCUCCUCUCCGACAUCUCCUGUGCUUGACGAGUCCGUGGUAACUCAGCUGGUGGAGAUGGGCUUCCCGGCGGAGGCGUGCCGUAAGGCUGUGUAUUACACAGGCAAUAGCGGAGCGGAGGCUGCUAUGACGUGGGUGAUGUCACAUAUGGAUGACCCAGAUUUUGCCCACCCUCUAGUGGUAUCUGGCGUGAGUGCCCCAGUCAGUGUAGGAGGAGACCCCCCACCAGAGGAGCACGUGGCGACGAUAAUAUCCAUGGGUUUCUCGCAUGAGCAGGCUGUGAGAGCUCUCCGAGCCACCAACAAUAGCCUGGAACGCGCCGUGGACUGGAUCUUCUCGCACAUCGAUGAUCUAGAUGCCGAGGCCGCCAUGGAUUUGUCGGAGGGCCGCUCUGCCGCCGAGUCCGUGUCGGAGAGUUUACCGGCCGCGGGUCCUCGUGUGAGGGACGGCACUGGCAGAUACGAGCUGUUUGCAUUCAUUAGCCACAUGGGCACGUCCACUAUGUGCGGCCAUUACGUGUGUCACAUAAAGAAAGAAGGAAGGUGGGUCAUAUACAACGACCAGAAAGUUUGCGCGUCGGAAAAGCCACCCAAAGACUUGGGGUAUAUUUACUUCUACCAGCGUGUGCAGAGCUAAUCGCCCCCUGUCCGUACAUGCCUACAGGCAGGUUGUUACCCUAAAAGCCCCUCUUAGUACGGGGGUCUGUGUUCAUACACGCUGUGGAAUCUGCCUCCCUUUGACCCCUGUGCAGGGAGUGGGGUGUCACGAAACGCGGCGCUAGGGUUGGGACCUCCUCUCAAGGGCAGCAAAAGGACCUGGAGUCUGGCUGGACGGGUCAGAACCGAGUCCGGACGCUGGCAUCGGCUAAUUUGUGUAUUUUAUCCCAGACUCAUCGGUGUGAAUAAAGGUUUUUUUUCCUCCCCA